AUCAGCGAAUCUUCGCGUGUGUGACUCCGUGGAAGAUAUUUUUAAUUUAGUUUUAAUUAUAGAUCUAUUUGUUUAUACGUUCAGAAGAAUAUAUCGAAGGCGUACGCGUUAACCAAGACGUUUAGUCAGUGCGAUAUGAAUGCGGAAACAUGUGUUCCGACGUGAACAUUAUGAAGUGAUGACACGAUCAGAAAGUGCAACAACAAAUCCUAAAUCCUAAUUGCCUGUGAUUGGGGCUGUGGGAGAGUUGGUAGUUUGUGAUAAAAAUAAGUGUAAAAGUUAGAAAUUGUGUCUGAAUGUGGUGGCGGACAGCCCGAGGGCUCUGGCGAGUGACGGACUGAGGUUUCGUGCCGCUUCCGGUCAUUUGAUGGGGUUGUAAAGUUUUCUGGACUAAAGUCGACCUUGGCAUGGCGAAUCCGGCGAUUGGGGCCUCCUUCGACCAGAAUGACAUGUCCAGCUGGUACUUCGGCGGACUGUCCCGACCGGAGGCCACUAGACUAUUGCUCAGCGAGACAGAAAGCGGGGUCUUCCUGGUCAGGGACUCCAGGACGAUACACGGCGACUACGUGCUGUGCGUCAGAGAGGACGACCGCGUCUCCCACUACAUAAUAAACCGCGUCGUCUCCGCCGACGGGUCGACGCGUUUCCGCAUAGGAGACCAACUGUUCGCCGACAUGCCAGCCUUGCUGUCGUUCUACCGGCUCCACUACCUGGACACCACGCCGCUGGUGCGGCCGCUGCCGCAGGCCAGCGUCAAGGCGCCGCCCCAGCAGCACCAGGUGCUGGAGAUCGUGGUGGCGCGGUUCGAUUUCGUGGGCAACGAUCCCGACGACCUACCCUUCAGGCGCGGGGAGCGUCUCAUGGUGAUCAAUCGUGACGAGGAACAGUGGUGGACGGCGCGCAACAGCCAGGGCAGGACCGGCUCUAUCCCCGUACCGUACGUGCAGAGGAAUUUGGAGGCGUCCGGAGCGCCCAUAGUGACGGAGGGCAUGACACAGCUGGGCGACCCGCCCAGUCCCCCCACCAACAAUAGGAACCCGCAGAGGACCAAUAUGCAGCGCAUCCUGCCAGCGCUGGCGCGCGUGCGGCAGACGCGCGUGCCCAACGCGUACGACCGCACCGCGCUGCGGCUCGAGGAGGGAGACAUCGUAAGAGUAACUCGUAUGAACAUAAACGGGCAGUGGGAGGGCGAGCUCAACGGCCGGACGGGACACUUCCCGUUCACAUACGUGGAAUUCCUCGACGAGCCCACCAGCUAAGCAGUGUUUACAGUCAUAUGUGUUCAACAUACUUACUGAAUAUUAAGUUGUCAUUUCACCCCUCAAUUCCUGCAGACGAG